AUGACUCUCAAUGUAAUCAGUUUCAUAGAUAGCAAAGGCGGAAACUCGGAGGAGAUAAGGGAAUCACAGAGAAAUUGUGGGGGCACCUUGGAUGAAAAGUAUGUUGCUGCUGGUUACUUGAACCCAGAAAUUCUUGUGCGUUUGAAGGACCACUACAACACAACACAAUAUAUACUCUUUUUUUCCCUCCUUAAGAAAAAGUGUAUGCAAUGGGGUCUCAAGAGCACUCAUGGUCAAGCACACACCAUGGAGAGUAUUGGGCCCUCCAUCAAAUGUUUGCAUCUGCAAUACCCACAACAGGGUUCACAUGACAUGAAGGCCGUGCUACGUGAUGAAGAGGGUGUGAUGACGCCCCGCAAGUUAAUUUUGCGGUACAUGAAUGAGCAUUAUCCAAACAAGGUCUUAGCACACAAAUAUUAUGAAGGACUUGAUAAUGGGCUAUAUAAUCCUGAUGACACCUUGGAACGACGUCCUGACAACAUCUUCCAACAGUCUGAACGUUGGAACUUCACAGAUUUCUUGGUCAAAGUUCACAUGCCGUACCUACAGCAAGUCUGGGAGAAGUAUGCAUGUCCAGGACACAAAGUCUAUGACCUGGUACCCCCAGCUUUCAAUGCACAGGCCUCAGCAUUUUUUGCCGAGUCAAGAUACCUAGCUGUUACUAACAACACUGCAUAG